UCUGAACAGUUCGUGUGCGCACGUUGUCUCAAUACCUACUCCAACUACUUCUCCAAUUCUCCCUCAUUGCAUCUUUCGUACAGAUGCAUACAUACGUAAAUGCAUAUAUAUAAUUAUAUUUAUUUGUAUAUGAAUAUAUUCAUGUAUUGUCUGUCGCACUGGUACCCGUGACUUAGCUGUAAACAUUGUUGUCAUACUCGUCAUAUCAUCGUUACCUACUAAGUUACGGACACAUGAUGUACAGUAGUAUAAUGAGUAUUGGAGAAUAGUGGAAGUAGUAGUUGUACUAGUAGACAAGUAGUAACGGACGGAGAAUAGAGAAACCGCGUGUGACAAUCUAUCCUACUGUCACUCUGGUUCUCUCGUUUGCGAGCUUAUACAGAAGAGUGAGAAGAAAGUCACAGCAAGACGUUUCUCACAGCUUGUCAUUCUUUAUGACAUUUUUCACAAGUUUAUUAAACACGUGAAUGACAAAUAAACACAAAUUGUGGGCUAUGAUGACUACGAAUUGAUAAUUAUGUGUGUUAAUUAGCUCGCACGGUGACAGUGGUUUCAAUUUUUUUUUGCAACAAUUAACUGUCACUUUAUUUUUUUUUAACAGUAAAUUUAAAUGAAAGAAAAUAAUUCACACUAAUUAGCAGUUGAUUACAUAAAUAGAUAAAAAUUUCAACAGUGAAUAAAUAUCGUAAAAAAAUGAGCUCUGAAUAAAUUUUUUAUAACGAAUAAAUUUUUUAAAAUUAAAACUGAGUAAGAUUUGUAGGUUUUAAUUGUCAUCGAGAUAAACUCGCGGAAGUUAAAAAAAAAAUUUUUUUUAAUUGAAUAUCAAUUUAAUUUAAUUACUGUUGUUAUUAUUUUUAAUCUUCAUGUACGAAAGAGUUAGGAAAUAGCAUAGAGAAAAUAAUUUCAGAUACAGAUAAACAUGAUUAAUGGGUAGUCGGAUUUUAUGUACGUAGUUCUUAGAUAAUUUCCAUAUCUCGGAUGCUAGAAUAUUAUUUACUAUUCAAAGUAUAAUAGAAUAUAUAGUGUUGUGUGUUCGACAGUGUAAAUAACCAAACAAGUAAUCAAAUUCAAACAUCAGUCUGUUGUUCAAUACCAUACAUAUACAUAUAAAUAUAUAUGUAUGUAAAUAAUAAUUGUUGAAAAAGCACAGUGAAGUUUGAAUGAUACAAAUUUUUAUUUAAUUUGGUUAUUUUUCAAGUGCCAAGUGGAUAUAAAUGGACAAAUAAAUUUUUUUACAAAAAAAAGGAUUAGUAAAAAAAAAAAAGUAUUGGAGCGAGUGUUAUUAUUGAUUAAAUUGGUGUUAAAAUAUUCACUGAGUUGUUUUAUGUGAGUGUUCCUAAUGAUGUGGCAAAAAAUUUUAGCAAACAUGUACCACUCAUAUCUUAUCAAAAAGUGAUUAAUUGUCGAAUUGCGUGUUGGCUAAAGUUAUUAUAGUGAUUAUUGCCAUAUUAUUUUUUACCAAAGUGCUAUUGGAACGAAAGCACCGAAAUUAAUUCCGAUUGACAAUUAACAGUUUAAAUUUGCCAGUUGGAGUGUAUUAUGUGAGGCAAAGAGAAAAUAAACAUAGGUAUUGAAGAUGUGUGUCGUCGUAAGUGGAGUGUGGGUGCUGAGCAUCUUUGCUUUGACUGUCAUCAGCAAUGGCAUCCUAAGCCACGGUGCACAACACAGUAGUAAAAACUCAGAUAUAUUCCAUCAUCACAAUGUCUUUGAAGACCCAGGAUCGAGAUCUGGACCAUACUUCGAUAUAUCAGCGUCCAGAAAUGUGACAGCGCUGCUAGGAAAAACGACGUACCUCAACUGUCGGGUGAAAAAUCUCGGCAACAAAACACAAGUGGCAUUACAAGUGUCGUGGGUACGACAUAGAGACAUUCAUCUCUUGACGAUUGGACGUUACACAUACACGAGUGACCAGCGGUUUCGUGCAAUUCACAACGUUCAUUCGGACGACUGGACGCUACAAAUAAAGUUCCCUCAAUUGCGGGACAGCGGUAUAUAUGAGUGUCAGGUCUCGACGACCCCUCAUAUGAGUCAUUUCGUUUACCUCAACGUUGUCGAACCAACGACUGAAAUUUUAGGUGGACCGGAUCUCUACAUUGAUCAUGGAAGUACCAUCAACCUCACGUGUAUCGUACUGAAUAGCCCGGAGCCACCGGCAUACAUAUUUUGGAAUCACAAUGAUGCUAUAAUUAGUUACGAUUCCAGCAGAGGUGGCGUUUCGGUAGUAACGGAAAAGGGCGACAGUACGACAAGUUUUUUGCUGGUCCAACAUGCCAAGCCUUCAGACUCGGGACAAUAUACUUGCAAUCCAAGCAAUGCUCAACCCAAGUCGAUUACCGUUCACGUUCUCAAUGAGUAUCCUGCGGCAAUGCAGCAUGGUGGUCAAGCGAAGCAACCACGAUUUUACUCACUCCUUCUAUGUCUCUGUCUACUGCUCUAUUGAAUUUAUUUUACCUUAAUUUUGCGGCUAUAUUUAUAAUACCCGGCGGCAAUACUCACACAUAUUAGACCUUUUAUUUAAAGGUCACUGUAUAAACUAUAUAUUAUUAUUAUUAUUAUUAUUAUUAUUAUAUAAAUCAUACAUCUAGUUCAGUAAGAAUGUAAUAUAUAUGCAAUAGAACUGAAAAAAUCCUCAAAGAAACGCAAGCAUUCGGGAAAUAAUGAGAGUAUAGCCAAAGAAAAAAUCCAUCAAUGCUUUAAAAAAAUUUAACAUAUAUAUACGUAAUAAAUACACGGAGAGAUAAUUAUGGUAACUGUUCUUAAUACAUUUAUAUAAUAUAAAUCCAUAAAGUUAUGGUAAUAAUUAGAAGGAUAUACGCCCAUAAUUUCUGGUAAGUUUCCAUAACUAUGGGUGUAGGUCUUAUAGUAAAAGUUCCUGUAUGGUAUGGCAGUUAAAUUAUGGUAAUGAUUACCUUACUAAUGAGAACAGUUCCCAUAGCCACAUAACAAUAUAUUCUACAUCCAUAUUGGAACGUUUCCUAGGUGCGUAUGGAAAUAAACCCUUUGCAUCAUGGUAACCAUUCCCAUAAUAUAUUAAUUAUUACCAUAAAAUUAUGGUAAUGGUUACCAUGAUAGUAUCAUAGUUAAGUAAUAAUUACACCAUUACUGUGGUAACCAUUACCAUUAUAUUGGGAUAACGAUUCCCAUAAUAUGAAGAAUUUCUAAAUAUUCUAGAAAUCUUUACCAUGAUAUUAUAGGAAUGAUUCUUGUAUAUUAUGUGAAUCAUCACCAUUAUAUAUGGUAAUAUUUACCAUAAUGCAUGGGAAUGGUGAGCAUAAUGACAGGAAUUAUUCCUAUAGUUUUAUAGGAACUAUUCCGACGCUGUACUGGAAUGAAACCUAUACAGAUAUAAAUGGUUACCAUAAUAUAGGGGAAGGGGGGCAAAAGGGGGUAGGGUAGGCAAAACGGGGUACCCACAAAAUUUUAUAAAAAAAAAUUUUAUAUUUUAAAUGGUUUUUAAACAUUCCAAAAUUACUUCUGUAAAUAUAAUUAAGCGUUACUUUGAAUUUUUUUUGAUAAACUUUUUCAAAAAUCAAUUGUCAGUUCAAAAAUAUUAAUGACGUUUGUUUUAUGAUAAAAACUAUUAAAAAUUUUUUUUCUUCUUUUGUAUCCAAUAAACAUGUAAAAUAUAAUUUUUCUUCAUGUAAAUUACUUAAAAAAAAAUUCUACUUAAUCAAAUUCGUUUAAAAUCCAGAAAUUUUUUUUUUUACCUUUUUUAGGGGGUACCCCACUUUGCCCGCAGAAAUUAAAAAUUUUUUUUUCCAACGGUAACUAAAAAUUUCUUAUAUUUACUUUGAAUAUCAUUAAAAAAAAAAAGAUUUCGCGUAUUUGAGUCCUCGAAAACUUGGUAUUUCCUUAAGUACCCCCUUUUGCCCCUCCCUCCCCUAUAUGGGUACCAUUUUUAUAAUCGAAUUAAAAAAAAACCUGUUACCAUACGAUAUGGGAAUCAUUGCUAUAAUAUAUUGUAAUUGUUACCGUAAAAUUAUCUCCGUAGAUCCUUGUGACUGAGAAAAUUUGAUAAUAGAAUUCUAAUAUUUUAUUUUUAUUUCAAACGCGUAAUUGUUAAAAUUUAAUUCAGAUUAAUGUUUUUAAGUAUCAAUAAAUAUUUAAAAAUUUAAAGAAUAAUAAUUAAACAUAAUACAUUAAGGUGUCAACAAAAUAAUUAUAAAUAUUAAUUUAAAUAAAAAAUUUUAAUAAUUACGAAUUUCUGUAAUUAUUUUAUGAUUUUAUUGCAAUGUUACUUUUAAUUUAUACGAAACUAUUAAUAUUAAUAUUUUUCCACAUGGAUAUAAAAGACAAAUAUCAUUAUUUUAUUCUCUUACUUAUAAAAAUCGGAUACACAUAUUUUUAAUUAAUUGAAAUUACUUCCGGCACACGAGUAAUUUUAUAAACCUCGCUCUAUAUUUUUGCAAACCUUAAUUUUUCAUUUAUACAAUUGAAAUUUUUUAACGUAUAGUGAAACGAAAAAUACUAAAUUACACACCCUCUAGCUGAAUAUUUUUUUUUUUUUUCAUCUCUAGAGGAUGAGUAGGAUAUAUUAUCAAUUCGUAUACUGCGAUCUGAACUAAAAAUAAUAAAUAUAAAACCCCUUGUGACCUUAAUACUACAAAAUAUACUGAACAUACUUGUAAAGCUUCAUGCAAAAAAAAAAUUAAUGAAAUGGCGUAGUAUAAUUUAUCCAAAUAAUAAAUAAAAAAAAAAGUUUAUAUUUUUUUGACUCAUAAAAUAAAUUCUAAGUUAUUAAAAAAUUUCUUUCACGUUCAUUAUUGUUCGUGACCAGACGCAGAAAAACGUCGUAAUAAUGCAGCAAUAUAAGUAGUAUAGAAGCACGUAGAGAAAACAAGUGCGACAAAACUCUCAUCAUUGCAUCUACUACUACAGAAACUUCUCUCUUGUGUAUACGUCUCAACUUGAAGACACUUAUCUUAUUUUAUCGCAAGUGCGUUCUCAUUACUGUUAACGAGUAAAAAAGAAAACUUUUUUUUUUAGCUUCUGAAUUAAAAUUGAAAAAAUAGAGUAAAAAAAAUAGUAAAUUUACGAGUUUUUUUUUAAAUUUUAUUCGAAAAUUCAAAUUGACAAAAAUUGAAAUUAAAAUAUAAAUUAUUUUGCAAGUGGAUAAUUUUUAAAAAUAAAAAAUGAAUUUUUUUCAAAAUCUUAAAUCAGUCCUGCGAAUUUUCAUGAAAAUAAUUUAAUUGAAAUUUUAAGAACUCAUAAUUUAAACGUUUUUAUUUAAUAGUAUAUUACACACUGAGGGAAGUAAAGUAAGAAAUGUCUCAGAUCACAUGUAAUUGUUGGCCGAGGCGAAGCCGAGGUCAACAAACAUAUGAUCUGAGGCUUUCUUAUUUACUUCCCGAGGAGUGUAUGCUAUUUUUCUCCUCGACGGAGGCGGAAAGCGGCAACUUCGUUUUGCACAGCGGGACGAAAGUUGACGCUUUCCGCCCGUCGAGGAGAAAAAUUAUUUUUUUAAAAUACGAAAAAAAUUCGCGCCAUCGACACAUUUUCUAAUAGUUGUCGAAAUAUUUUCGGAUACUGAACGUUAGAGGAAUUAAUAAAAAAAAAAAAGUGAAUUCUACCCUCACAACUGUGUUCUUUAUCAAAAAAUAAUUUUUUCCCUAAAAAAAAAUUUAAACAUUUAUAACAAUUUCAUGUUCUUGUUCAGAAUAAAAAAUUUUCAAAAGUGUACGAAACAAAAAUCCAUUUCUCGAUCAUUUUAAAGUUUUACAGUUCCCUUACUCACUGAACUAAACUUUCAUCAUAUAAUUUAUUUAAAAAAUUUGAAAACACGAUAAAUAACUUGAUAAUCUAAUUAUUUUUCUACAUCACACCUACUUUUAUUAAUCAUAAACUUUGAAACGCCAUAAUAAAAAUGUUAUUUAUUGCUGAUAAAUUUUUUUGCUGUCCAAAUAUCCUUGACUGUUUGAUUAUUAAUCGACUAUUAACAAAAUACAAAAAACUACCGAUUUUGAAUUUACAUGUAGUUUGGAAUUUUUUUACUAUAAUUUUUAAAAUUAUCUCUUCAAGUAAAUGAAGAAUAUAAUCAUGAGUUUUAUUCGUCCCAAUGUGAAUUUAAGGAAUUCAAAUAAAAUUCAAUUUUACUUCCUUUUUUUUUAGUUGUAUAAAUAAAAUUUUAAGAGUACGGCAUUUUACGGUCAAAUUUGCAAUACAUUACGUUAUUUUGCGGUAAAAAUGCGGUAAUUUACCGUAAUUCAGAUCUCUUAGGGUAAGUAAAAGAACUUGAAUAAAUGGCUGAUAAAUUUUUAUUGACUAAUAAAAAAUUUAACGAGAAGAAUGCUUUAUGUAAUGCAAAUAAAUGUCGUACGACAAACAAGCUUUUAUAUUAUUAUUCAUAUGCAUCGAAAAAAAAUUUAAAACACUAAAAUAAAAUUUUAAUUAUGCAUUUAAAAUUUUCUCAGUUCACAAUAAUCUACCAAAAAAAAAAAAAAAAAAAAAAAAUAAUAAUAAUAAUAAUAAUAAUAAUAAUAAUAAUAAUAAUAAUAAUAAUAAUAAUAAUAAUAAUAACAAUAAUAUUACACAGAAAAAAAGGAUUUCUUGGCUCAAAAAACUUUUCCUCACGCCAAGAAAAUUUUUACUUGUCCUAAGAAAUAUUUUGCAUUAUAAAUUGAAAACGAAAAUUUUCUCAAGUCAAGAAAAAAAUUUUUGGGUCAAGAAAAUUUUCGUUUUCAUUUCAUAGAGCAAAAUUUUUCUUGCCGCGAGAAAUCCUUCUGUUCUGUGUAGGAAAAAAAAAAUAAUAAACGACUUGAUAUGUCGUGUCUUUUUUAACUCGUGUCUCGCUCUCUGGGUCAUUAAAAAUAAAUAAAAUAUUAAAUUGACUCAACUGUACAUAUGUAUUAUUAUUAUUAAGAUGAAGCUUUAGUUGUUUAGUUCGUCUCGACAAUACUAUUUCCCAAUUAAAUAAAUAAAAUAACUGAUACAUUUAAAAAAAAUACAUAUAAAUAUAUAUAUAUAUAUUUAAUUAAUUAUAAUACCACGACCCCUAUUGUCUAGUCUUCGUGUUAUUUUUUAUCCUUUUUGGUACAAUAUAAAUAUAAAAAAAAAAAAAUCCUUUAAUUUAUUUUCAGCUGACUAAUUGGCAUCCUAUCGUUGAUGUCUCGAGAUAAAUAUAAAUACAUGAAUAAAUAUGAUAUAAAAUUAUAUAAUAUAAUAUUAAUUGAAGGGUUUUAAAUAAUUGGAGAGAAUAUUAAGAGUGAUGCAAUCUGAUCGUUAACACGCUAAAGACUCUGCUAAUUUUUCCUUUUUUUAAAUUCUAUUAAUAAUAUUUAUAUUAAUAUUAUAUAAAUAUGAUAAAACGUAAUAUCAACAUAACCUUGUAACCUUUCAUAAAUAUAUUGUAUGAUGCUAGUCAGUGUGAAAUUAAUUAAUGACUUUUAUUUAAAAAUUGAAAAACUUUUUUUUCAUUAUACCCGAUGAAAAAAGAUUUUAUAUAACUGUAUACAGUUAUAUAUGAAUUAUAUACAAUUGGAUA